AGUAAAAAAAAAAAAACAUCUUGCCGGUCGUCUUCUUCCUCUCGGCUGUUCCCCCCAUAUCCACUCCUCCUCCCGUCCUCCGGAUCCAACCCCUAAGCCGUGGUGUGAUCCGUUCCGCCAUGGAAACGGCAGCUCCACCGCCUCCGCUCCCGCUCUUCCCAGGCAUCAACCCUGGGGUCCGGCGCUUCCUCGACGCCCGCUUCCGCUCGGCGGGCGACCUCACCGCGGCCGCCGACGUUGAGGCCGAGAUCCGCGGGCGCUGCGCGGAGCUCGAGGCCUCAGUAUCCGAACUCUCCGUACGCCUCGAGGAGGCGGCCAACGCGUACUGGUCUUCCCACGAGGCCGCCGGUUCGACCCUCCGUGGCGUCCGCGGCGGCCUCGUUGCUCUCAAAGCCUCCACCUCCGAGCCAGGGGUUGGAGAAGAGGUUGAGGUGGGAACGGAGCAGAUGCAGUUUGAGCAACUCCCCGCUCUGACGUCCGAGGUGGCGAGAGUGGAGAUGGUCAGAGAGUACGCCGAAACGGCUCUAAAGCUUGACAGUUUGGUGGGUGAUAUGGAAGAUGCCGUUUCUUCUUCUGUGACUGGAAAAUUUAAAUCUCUUGGAGGAAAUUCGGAGAAAACACAUCAUGUUGCUAUUGGAUAUCUUAAAAGCAUAGAAGACCUUUUAGCUUCAGUUACAACAACUAGACCGCAAUGGGCUCGCCUUCUAUCUGCCGUGGAUCACAGAGUGGACCGAUCUUUGGCUGUACUAAGACCACAAGCCAUUGUUGAUCAUCGAGCUCUUCUGUCAUCCCUUGGCUGGCCUCCUUCACUUACUGGUUCAAGUAUUAAUUCCGGGAAACAAGCAGAGAUCAUGAACCCAUUGUUUUCAAUGACGGGUGACCUGAAAAGCAAGUAUUCUGAGAGCUUUCUUUCACUAUGCAAUUUGCAGGAAUUGCAGAAACGCAGAAAAGCUCGACAACUAAAAGGGCAUAAUGUGGACAAUCAACCACGGCAACCAUUAUGGGUAAUUGAAGAGCUAGUAAAUCCAAUAUCAAUGGCAGGACAGCGCCAUUUCUCUAAAUGGGCUGAGAAACCUGAAUUCGUUUUUGCUCUUGCUUACAAGAUAAUCAGAGAUUUUGUUGAUUCCAUGGAUGAGAUUCUACAACCCCUUGUGGACAAGGCCAAACUUAUUGGGUAUAGUUGCAGGGAGGAGUGGAUAUCAGGAAUGGUCAUUGCAUUGUCUACAUACUUGAUGAAAGAGAUAUUUCCCAAGCAGAUUGAACUUCUUCAGGAAAGUAGCUCAAGUGAUGCAGGUAACACACCAUAUCAGGCUAGAGUCUCAUGGCUUAGCCUUGUUGAUCUGAUGAUAUCUUUUGACAAGCGAACUCAAGAUUUAAUCUCAAGUGCCGGGCUGCUACUUACGGUGAAGGAUGAUGACAAUUGGCAGAGGAUCUCACUCCUCUCUGUCUUCUGUGAUCGGCCAGACUGGCUUGAAGUAUGGGCGGAGAUUGAGAAACAGGAGAUUCUUGAUAAGCUGAAAUCAGCAAUGGAGUUAGAGAAAAAUUGGAGUACAAGGAUUCAAGGAACAGUGGUUGAAUAUGAUUCAGAUAAUUACAAGUCUCCAGCAAUCACCGUUGCUAUUCAACAGGGCUUGUCUUUGCUGAUUGAUCGUGCUCGUCCUAUCCCAAGCAUUAUACUUAGGGCUGAAUUCAUUAGGAUGUCUACCUUACCCAUAAUUUCAGAAUUCCUUGGAUACAUGCUUCGGAGGUGUCAAGAAGCAGAGGGGCUAACGGCUCUGGCAGAUGAUAAUGCUCUGCUCAAGGUAUCACAAUCCAUCAAUGCAGCUCGAUACUUCGAGUCCACAUUGGCUGAAUGGUGUGAGGAUGUUUUCUUUCUUGAGAUGGAAAAUUUACCUGUAAAUGGUGCCGGAGGGUGUAUCUUUCAGCAAGAGAUAAAUCAUCUGAAGGAGUUCAGGGUGGAAUGGGUUGAUAAGAUUUCCACUGUCAUUUUGAGGGCAUUUGAUGCUCGUUCUCGGGAUUAUCUGAAAAAUAAGAGGCAAUGGCUGGAGAAAUCAGAGAGCUCUGCUGUAUCCAGAGCCUUCAUAGACUCUUUAGACUACAUGCAAGGGCAGAUAUCUAAACUGGAAGGUGGCCUAAAUGCUGUGGAUUUUGUGGCGGUAUGGAGAAGUGUGGCAAGUGGGGUAGACCAGCUCCUUUUCACCGGAAUUUUUGCAAGCGGCACAAAGAUUAGCAAUGGUGGCGCGGAAAGGCUUCAUGGUGAUCUGAGUGUUCUGUUUGCAGUGUUUUCAGCAUGGUGUCUAAGGCCCGAAGGCUUCUUCCCUAGACUGACUGAGGGAUUGAGGUUACUAAAGGUCGACGAGAAGCAGCUAAGAGAUGGGUUGUUUACAGAUAAGAAUUGGCUGAGGGGAUACGGUAUUAGACAUCUUACAGCUGCUGACACUGAGAAGAUAAUAAAAAACCGGGUGUAUGAGGCAUGAUAAUAAGUCGGUAACUAACAUCAGGCUGAAGUUGAAAAAAGAAUUAUUAAACUGGAGAGAGUUUACACUGUUUUAUUUCAUACAGAUUUUGUACCUUCUCAUCUAUAGUUCCAUUCUUAGCUUGUUGAUUGGUGUAAUAAUGUACACUACAAAAUAUAUGGAGGCAGACUGAUUAUGAGACUGCAAAUACUCUGGUCUUUUCUUUCUUACGAAAAAAGAAGGCCACCUGUUUAGCCCCU